AUGUUCACCGAAAAGGGAAUCUUUCCCAUAGGCGAUGGCCUUUUGGAUGUAGAUGCCGAACGCUUUAACGGAUUGCUCGUGUCGCAUGACAUCAACGAGAUCUACGAGGUGGAACAGACGCCGUUUGCCAGGGGCAAAUUCGCCGCCGUUCGCCGUGCCAUUCACAAGAACACGGGCUCCCAUUUCGCGGCAAAGUUCUUGAAGCGACGCCGACGCGCACAGAGCAGCGACAUUGAGAUCAAACACGAGAUCGCCGUCCUAAUACUCUGCGAGGGCGAGGAGAACAUUGUCAAUCUGAAUGCGGUGCACGAGACCCGUUCGGACACAGCCCUGCUGCUGGAACUGGCCACUGGUGGCGAGCUGCAGACCAUACUGGACAACGAGGAGUGCCUGACAGAGGCCCAGGCCCGCCACUGCAUGCGAGAGGUGCUGAAGGCUCUCAAGUUUCUCCACGACCGAUCCAUUGCCCACCUGGACCUCAAGCCACAGAACAUUUUGCUCGCCGGCGAGCGUAUAGAAGAUGGAUUCAAGCUCUGUGACUUUGGGAUCUCGCGCUACGAGCCACUCUCCCUGCUGACGGACAUCUGGUCCGUGGGCGUUCUCACCUAUGUCUUGCUCUCCGGCUUCUCGCCCUUUGGCGGGAACACCAAGCAGGAGACCUUCCUCAAUAUCUCGCAGUGUGCGCUCACCUUUCCGGACAACCUAUUCUGUGGCGUCUCGCCAGUGGCCAUCGAUUUCAUACGCCGAUCAUUGCGAAUUAAGCCAAACGAUCGCAUGAGUGCCGCUGGAUGCCUGGAACAUGUCUGGCUGAAGGAUGAGAGCUCGAUGGAUAGACAAAUCCCCGGUGCAGGCCACCAUCCAGCUGGCAGCAACGGCCUCGACGAGUUCGCCACAGUGGUGGCCACCCUGACACUCUUUCCCGAUGCGCCCACCACACCGAAAGUGAUCCGCAAGGCACCCACGGGAGAGUCCAUGGAUCGGCCACCUCGGUGA